AUGAUAUGCAUAUCGAAAAAGCCUGGGAGAUGGAGCAGGCACCCAGAUUUGUCUAAGACAAGUGACGAUCAUCAGCCCUCAGUCCUCACCGACGAUAACGCCGCUUUCCCCACCUCCGCUCGUUCUCGCCCUUCCCCGUCUCAGCCUCCCCUGACAAUCCACCCACACACACAACAAGCUUUCAACGACACCUCACCAGCCACCAGAACGCACACCCUUACCUUCUUCAAAGACCACAUCAUUCCAACAAUGGGCUUCAUCGGCGCAACGGCAGCAGGCCUCAUGGCCGGCCUCCACGGCUACAUCCUCGUCUUGGAAAUGUUCCUCUGGACCUCGCCCCGCGGCCGCAAGGCCUUCAGGCUCACCGCUGACUUUGCCGAGAAGACAAAGGCCCUGGCCGCCAACCAGGGGCUCUACAACGGCUUCCUGUCCGCCGGCCUCGUCUGGGGUAUCGCUCACCCCGUCCCCGAGUUUGGACGCCAGCUCCAGCUCUUCUUCCUCGGCUGCAUCGUCGUGGCUGGCGCGUAUGGUGGUGCGACGGCGAACCCGCGCAUCUUCUUCAUCCAGGCUGUUCCGGCUCUGGCUUCGAUCGGUGCCGUUCUCUCGGGCUACUAA